AAUGUCCUGUCUGACUGUCUUCCUAUGAGAUUAGAAGAACAGAGAUGCAUUUAGAGACAGGUCAAACACUAUCUAAGGCCUUUAUGGUCUAUAAAAGCAACAGAUACUGAACUUAAUGAGUUUGCACAGAGGUCAUGAGAAUGCCCAUUGUUUAUUUAGUCAGACCUGGGUCUGAAAGUAUUAUAGGCUAAACCACUUCAUUUGGGUUAUAUAUACUGUAUGUAGUGAUCCCUCCAAAGUAUUUUGACUUUGCGAAAUACAUUUAAUUGCAUUAGACUUCAAAAUAUCAAAGCAAGUGGCAUCCACAAGCUAAACCUUUUCUCAGGACUAACUUUACCUUCUGGAGACAUUUUUGGCUGUUGUCUUGGACUUUUACAAAAUGUUUGUGUGGUUAGCCGGUCCUCAGUCCUGUUCACGAACUCACACAUAUAAGCGUACAAAAAUACAAUAUUUCAUAGAGCCUCAGGGCAGAAAUCUCAGCGAAAGCUAAAAGGCAAAUUCCAAGUCCAGUCUGAAUGAAAUUCCCAUGUCAUGUCGUGUUCUCUAGUCGGCUAACCAUCCCCCUCCUUUUUUUUCUUUCAAACUCUCUCUGUCUCUCUCUCUUUCACUACCUCCCUCUUUUUCUGAUACUAGCUGCUCUCCGGAGCUCCAUUCUGACUCGGCUGCGUCUGUCAGAAUGCGAACACUUCUGCCUCCUGCUUUCUCCGUGUCACAUUCCAUCUUCCAGGGCACAAUGUCCAUAUGACAUAAGUUCUAAAGAGAUUAUGAUUACCUUUUACCUUCAACCACUUUUUCGAGAACUUUUCUCAUGCAGAGGCAUGCAAACUCUUUAGGAGAACAGCUACCUUUGCAUUUUUCCUGUGCUUCUAUUGAGUUCUUUGGACUUUCAUGGGAUCAAACUAACUGGUUUUAUAGUUUUAACCCAGAUGAGCACGAGAAAGGACAGAAUACAUUGGAUACGUUUCUAAUGAUUGUCUUCACGGUUCUGGAUGAAUUCAUAGAUCUUCAGAAAACAGAUCUGUUUUCUUAAAUGGACUGCAAUGGAUACAACAUUCAGCACGACAAAAUAAGUGAUCUACAGAGCGCAUAUGGAUGAAAUGGGUACACCUUUCUUCGAAAGGCAAGCCACAACUGAGGAGAUGGCUUUAGUGAGCAAUGCACUGGCUGCUUACUCCUUUAUAGCAGAUCACCCAGAACGGGCGGCACUGUACUUUGUGUGCGGGGUGUGUUUGGGUCUGGUUCUCACUCUUAUCGCGUUAGUGGUGCAGAUUUCCUGUAGAACUGACUGCAGAACACAACGAGCGUCCAAGAAAACGGGAAAACCUGCGGAGAGCACCAGCGAUACAAGCGACAGCGACUCGGACUGGGACAAUAGCUCCGAUCUGUCAGCACGGCGACACCGGCGUUUCGAACGGACGCUAGGUAAUGUGUUUACGUCAGCCGAAGAGCUGGAGCGAGCGCAACGAUUGGAGGAACGAGAGAGAAUCAUACGAGAGAUCUGGAUGAACGGACAACCGGGUAUGCCCGGCACGCGCAGUCUGAACCGCUACUAUUGAAGCGUCUGAUGCGUUGAGAUAUCUCCCGAGGAAAUAUAGUCCACUCCCAUGAGUAUUUAACGGCUAUUUCUUUGUGGGAAAUAAGCCAAAUCGACACCUUCUAUUGUCUGGGAACAUCUAGUUCUUCUGGUGGUAACAUUAGUGAAGUUUUUUCAAUGGGUUAGAUGAAGAUUCAUCAUAAAAUAUAUAUUUGAUAUAAAAAUAUAUAUGCUUAAGCUUUCGUUAGGCUUGACUUGAAAUACUGUAUUUUUAAUUGGAAAUUUGUCAGAGACAAUUUUGCAUACUAUAGGUGGAUUUGACAAGGCACCUAACUUUAAAGUCUUAUCUUUUAGUGUUAUCUUUUUGUUGUUAUUUAAACUAAAUUUGAUAUAUUGCAAUCUCUUAUAAUACAAAAGCUUUGUUUUGGAGCACAGUGUAGGCUACAUUUUAUUUUCAUAGUUUGAAAACUAACCAACCAAAAUGUUGGUUUGUGCCUUUUUGUGGAACAAUUCAAAGCCUUUAAACAAUCAUUCUUUGAAGGAAGAAGAAAGUCACCUCUAUUUAUUAGAUAUAUGCAUAGUUAAUUUAGUUUUUUUAUGUGGUGCUAAUCUUCUGUUGGAGAAUCCAGGAAAAGCACAAUUGACCAACAAUGGUACAGGAAAGGCAAUGCAAUCCAAAUACUUUUAAUAAUCUGUUCCAUGUCCUUAUUUUGCCAUUAUUUUUGCAUUAAAUAUAGGCUACAUGCCACUUUUCAGUGUCAACAAGAAGCUCACAUGCAUGGUUGAUCUAAUUGAUGUAUAUAAAAAGUUAUAAAAAACAAUUCUCUGGAUAUAAAUACAGUACAUAAAUCUAAACUUGCAUCUGGCUACCUUUAUCAUAACAACGAACUAUUGUUUGGAAUGUUUUUGUUUUGUAAAAAACAAAUGGCCUGAUGUUUGUUGGUGGGUCCACUCUUGCUAUAAAGAAAUAAAACCAAAGCUUUAACAAUCUUUUGUUUUAUAACAAUAGUCAUACUACAUUCUUAAUGCCGCUGUUGUAUGGAGUCAUAAUAGUCUUGCACAAAGCAUGAUGAAUCUCCCAGGUUUUUAACAUGUUGUGCAUGGUCAUUCCACAUUUUUUCUACAUUUCUAGCUUUGCCAGAUUACUGUAAACAUGUUAAUCGUAUUGUAACACUGACAUCUGUUAUCUAUCCACUGAAAAGGAGAAUAGUUUGAGUGUGUUUUAAGUGACAAUGAUCCUAUCAAGCCACUUAAAACCAGCUAGUACAGAUCAGUAGGUCCCCCUUGUUCUGCCAGAACACAUCUGAUGUGUUGAGGCGUGGAUUUCACAAGACCUCUAAACAUGUCCUGUAAUAUCUGAAACCACAAUAUUAACAAGCAGAUCCUUUAAGCAGUGAUGAAAGAAGUACACAAAUGAAGUACUUGAGUAAAAGUACAGGAAACAUAAAAUACUUCAGUAAAAGGUUAAUUACUCGUGUUUUUUUAUUUUGUUUUUAAAUUAAAAAAGUACUUGAUUUUUUAUGUACUUCUAUUAAGAAUAAAAAGUACUGACAA